AUGCGACAUGAAGGCCGCCGCAGACCCCCAUACGCGUCAGGGCAGCUCUUUUAUCAAUCCAACACUACCGACAUGACCACCAAACCAGCUGUAUCUAUUGUCUGGCUGCAUGGCGCGUGGCACCAACCAUCGCACUACAGCUCGAUCAUCGAAAAGCUCCAAGCACAAGGCUACGAAGUAGAAGCACCAGCCACAGCCUCUGCGGCAGACACCGCCAUCAGCGAUGUCUUUGCGGCGGAUGUUGCCAUGGCGAAGAAAGCCAUCAAGUCCUUCGUCGAUGACGGCAAGAAUGUUGUGGUGGCAAUGCACAGCUAUGGCGGCGUGUACGGAUCCGAGGCAGUCGCAGAACUCUUAGAGGACUUGAAAGGCGAAGAGAGCAAGGGUCGUGUGGUCCAUCUCUUUUACAUCGCCGCCAUCAUUCUGGAGAAGGGUACAAGUGUGCUGGACGAUGGCUUUACACCUCAUGCACUCGACUUCGAGAACGGACUUAUGCAUCAUCUCGAGCCCUACAACAAAUUUUAUGCCACAACUCCGCCGGAUGUGGCCCGGAAGGCCAUCAACACGCUGAAACCCCAAGCGACAGAGUCUUUUGCAACGAAGACGAAACACAGAGGCUGGGCGGACCAAGAAAUAUCCGUAACAUACCUCGCUUGUGACCAGGAUAGGGCUCUGCCACUCGACACAGAUGUUGCCAGAUUCAUCAAACGCUUGGAGACGGCCGGCCUGAAAGAUUUCAACCUGCGCAGGAUCGAUUGCAAUCAUUCUCCCUUCAUUAGCGCCGAGAAAGAGUUCAUGGAUGUCAUGAAUGAAGUGCUGAAGAAAGCUGCGACUUUUGCUGGGUCCCAGACGUAA